AUGCCCACCCACACAACCCCCCAAUCCCGCCACCGCGCCCUCAAAACCCGCGACCCAACCGCCCACACAUCCUUCAUCUACGCCGUAACAACAACACGUAUAUACUGCCGUCCGACAUGCCCCUCGCGCCUCGCCCGGCGCGCAAACAUCCGCUUCUACGACACCUGGCGCGAAGCCGAGGCAGCGGGGUUCCGCGCGUGCAAGCGGUGCAAGCCCAAUGUUGCGGUACUGGAGGGGAGGCAGGAGCGGGCGGUGAGGGAGGCGUGUGAGCGGAUUGAGGAGGCGGUCGGGAAGGGGGAGGGGGGGAAGGUGAGGUUGGGGGAGUUGGCGGGGCUGGUGGGGUUUACGCCGAGGUAUUUUCAUGGGAUUUUUAAGGGGAGGAUGGGGGUUACGCCUAGGGAGUGGGUGGGUAGGGUGGCUGGGGAGAAGAAGAGGAGGAGGGAGGAGGGUGGGAGGUCUGCGAUGGUGGAGGUGGGAGAGCAAGCGUGGGGUGGAGAGAGCUUUGAUUUUAAUGAUUUGAUUGAUUUUGGGGGGGAUGCGGAUCUGCUUGAUCUUAAUGAUAUCGCUGGGCCUCAGGAUCAAUCUUUUAUGAUGGAUCCGGAGCUUAGCCUCGACGCGAAUGGGCCUUCUCAGCCUUGGACUGGAUAUGAGCCUGCUCAAGCCAUCUCGGGCUCCCUUCAGACUACGCCAGAAGACAUAGCUUACUGUGAGAAGACGAUGUCAUCUACAUCGACACUCGAGCUAGAUACUUCAGCACUACUCAACUGGGAUAGUAUGGCAAACACGCGACAGUAA